AAUCACCAACAACGGCCUUUGCGAAAAAAGAAAAAGAAAGUGAUAAACAACGGUGGCAGAGUUGGAGGCAAAAAACGAAAUGCAAUGCUACAGCAUCAGCAGCAACAUUCAAUUUGCUAUUGUUUUCUAUCCUCAAACACAUAGAAGAGGGUGUUUUCAGCCAACAAGAAUUUCGGUCACUCCAUCACCACCACAACAAAUUGAACAACGAACCUCUCACGACGCGACACGUAGCGAUAAUUCGAAACUGAUAACCAGUGCUUCAAACCCAUUUGUGAAACACUGCCUCAAACUCCGCAACAGUUCUUCUUAUCGUCGUUCUCAUGCCUCUGUUCUUCUUGUCGGCUCUACACCUAUUAGAGAAAUCUACAGGUUUGAAGAGUCAUCACAAGAUAAAAAUGUUACCAUGGAUUGUUUAAUUCUUCCUGAUAAAGCUGAAAUUCCUAAUGGGUUGGAUGGAUCCACUGAUUCUAUUGUGCGUGUGAGCUCCAUAGUGAUGAGAAAGCUUUCAGGUCUGCAGUCGACUGAUUCAGUUGAUGCAAUCGCUCUUAUGAAAUUUCCUGCCAGUUUUUUAAACUUAGAUGACAAUCAAAAGCACUGCCGGAAGUGGUUUUCUUCUGCACAUCGGAUUUUAGUCCUUGAUGGGAUUCAGGAUCCUGGUAACCUCGGUACAUUGCUCAGAUCAGCUGUGGCCUUCAGAUGGGAUGGAGUUUUUCUGCUUCCUGGAUGCUGUGAUCCAUUCAACGAGAAAGCUCUCCGAGCUAGCCGAGGUGCCUCCUUUCAGCUCCCUAUAGUUUCCGGAACAUGGAAUCAUCUGGAGUCUCUCAAAGAAGAAUCCCAAAUGAAGUUGCUUGCCGGGCAUCCCGAGAAUGAAGGGUUGAUCAAACUUGUUAGUUUACUUUCUCCAAGCUUCUGUGAAUCCAUAUCAGAUGCACCACUAUGUUUGGUUUUAGGCAGUGAAGGAAGUGGCCUUUCAGAAAAAUCUCUGCAAGCAUGCGAGCUUGUGAGCAUUCCAAUGACAGGAGAAUAUGAAUCACUCAAUGUUUCAGUUGCAGGUGGAAUUUUUUUGUAUAUGCUACAGCCAAAGAACAAAUGACAUUUUGUUAUUUUAUAGAAGCUUAAAUAUAUUUUGAUUUAUAAUCCAAAUUUUAUGUCUUUUGUCCUUAAA